UAAAAAUAGAAUGACAUCAUCAAGGUAAACAAAUAAUAAAGAACUAAAUAUCCCACGCACACCAUUCCAUAAUUUUUCACAGCACUCCCACAGCAUAGCAGAGCUGCUGCUAGUACAGUAUAGCACAAAAAGCACAGAGUAAAACAGUCACAUAGAUAUGGAAGGUGUCCCCUGUUUAAGCGAAAGGUAUAAGGCAGCCAUGGUGCUCAGUGGCGUCGGCGAUGCUGUUGGCUACAGAAGUGGAUCCUGGGAGUUUAACUUCAGGGGUGUUGACAUUUAUGAGGAAUUGCAAAGUCUUGGUGGUCUAACCAAGCUUGAUAUCAAUAAGAAAGACUGGCCAGUGAGUGAUGAUACAGUUCUUCAUCUUGCAACUGGUGAAGCUCUCUCAACUGGAAUUGAAGUGGGUGAAAAAUUAUUCCUGGAAAUUGCUUGGCAUUACGUCAGAGGAAUGAGGGACAUGAGUGGCAGAGCACCUGGGGGAACAACAUCUGCAAGUACAAAUAUUUUGUCUAGAAAAACACCACCGACCUAUAUAGUCCCUUUUAAUAAAAGGGGUGGUGGAUGUGGGGCAGCUAUGCGUGCCAUGUGUAUUGGUCUUCGCUAUCCCGAACCUGAUCAACUGAUGGAUUUGAUAACAGUUGCUGUAGAGAGUGGACGUAUGACUCACAAUGUACCUGUAGGAUAUCUAGGCUCAGUGGCUUGUGCCCUGUUUACUGCGUAUGCGGUGCAAAGGAAACCCGUCCAUGAGUGGGGUGCAGGGCUGAUGAGUAACAUACCGAAGGUCCUGGAUUAUGUCAUUCAAGUCGGUCGUGAUGUUCAACAGAACAAAGAUAAUUGGUCAUACUUUGUUGACAAGUGGAACAAUUAUUUGGAGCUCCGUGGAAUAUCCGAUGGCAAAGGUUUGCCAACGUUUCCAGAAGAAUUUGGAUUCAUUGAGAGAGAUGCCUUCUAUAAGUCAGUUAGUCAUUCCGGAUGGGGUGGAUCCAGUGGGCACGAUGCUCCCAUGAUUGCGUAUGAUGCGCUUCUAGGGGCAGGUGAAUCAUGGGAAGAGCUUUGCCUCCGAGGAAUGAUCCAUGGUGGUGAUAGCGACUCGACAGGUGUUAUGGCUGCAUGCUGGUGGGGCGCCCUCUAUGGAAUGGACAAAGUACCAAAUAAUCUUUACAAGAAGCUUGAAUACAGAGAACGACUUGAGAAGGUGGCCAAAAACUUAUAUGAACUGAGUCAUGGUAAUGAACAGAAGUGAAGAUAUUGCAGACUAUAUUAUUAUAUAAUUAAUAAUGAUUAUAGGAACAAUGGACACAAAAAUCAGCACAACAGCCAUUUCAUCAUGUAAAAAAAGCAUUUUAUUAUUUGUUAUGCUUUCUUUAAUCAGGGUGUAACCAUUCUUUGACUAGCACUGAUAUCCAAGGAAGCCCUGGUACAUAAAUAUAGCAAAAAUAUACAUAUGUUUACAGAUGUACCUAAACAAUUUAAACACAAUCAUAUACUGUAUUAGACUAUACUAAAAAAAAAAAGCAGAAAAAUGAUACCUUAAAAACCAAAACAAAAAAGUUCAACUACACCAAAUUAUUAUUAUUUUAUUUAGCCAUCAUUUGAAAAUGAUAUCUGGCCAUCUCAUAGGUGCAAUGUCUAUUCAAUGUUGUGUCUUCUCACCCUAAUUACAUACCAUACCAUACUUUACCUAUUUAAGUUAAGAUUUAAGUUAAGACUAUCUCCUUUUAGACCAUAUUUAAAUGUGUGCAUCCAAUAGUUGUAAGGUAUUACUAAAUACAUAUAAAGGCAUCUAUUUUUAAAACUCAUUAAUAGAAAGAGAACCAAAAUUGUUACGAAUGUUGUGAGAAAGGUUGUUCCAAAGAUGAGCAGCUCUGGUAUGAAAUUUGAAUUUGAAUGAGGAACAAUUAAAAUAUUUGAUAGCUGAUUCCUAGUAGGGUAAAACUGAUCAAGAGUGGGUGAGUGGUUGAAUGUGAUUUUAGAAGAUAGAUACUCAGACGCAUUACAAUUUUCAUGAACAGGCACAUCCUUAGCCCGGAGCCUAAAUAUAAAAUAGAAUAAAUAUCGAUUUUAAAAAUGAAGAUACAAGUCUGAAUUAAUACUGUAGUAAAUACAAAAACUUAAAUAAUAUUUUCAACAGACACCAAAAAUCAGUACUGUUUUCACUUGAUGUAAAUAUUUUUUUUUUCUAAAAUGUUUAUUUAUUUAUUUUAAUCUUGAAAUUUUUAAUAAAAAAUAUUAAUUUUGCCUGAUUUUAUAUUAUAUAAUUUUAUAUUAUAUAGUUAAUAUAAAUCUUUAGUAAAAAUAAUGGCUUUGAGACCCCGUUUUACAAAUAAUAUUCUUUUGAAUGGGAAAUAUAUUUGAAAUUAAUCAAUCAUUGUGACACCAAAUGAUUGACUAUGAAUAUUUUUAUAAUUGCAGUGUUAAAAUCAAUGUGAAUUAUAUAAAAAAUAUAUGAAUUAUAUAUAAAUUAUAUUAAAAAAUAUAUAUAAUGCUGCUGUACUCUUGUGCAAUAUUGAGACAGAAGGCAAACUUUGGUGCAUGAAUUUCUGGCUCUAUACAAGAUCAAUAUAUUACCAUCUAACAUCUUGUUACUUUGAGGAAUUUGAAAUGGCUGCCAAGAUGGCGACCAAACGCUAGUAUUGCUACAUUUUAAGAGGUGUAGGAAUACGGUGUCCCCCACUAAAGAAAAAAAAAAUCACUUGCAGAUUGCAGAAAUCUGAGAUGGCCAACACUGCCCAGAAAAUGAGUCGCCAUGACUCUCUAUACUAAUUAGGCCUUCUAACUAAUGGAGCCACAUCUGGGAGUGGCUAAAAUUAAAUUUUGGUAGACUCAGGAAACAGUUAAAUUUAACUGUUCCCUGGUAGACCAAGGUUCCAAUAUGCUUGACUAAAAUAACAAACAAAAACCCCCAUAAAUAGUUGUUCUAUGUACAUGGUAGUUAUAGCCAAAUUUCAAAUUCUUUGAAGGUAGUGUUAUAUUGUGAAUAUGAAUCUAAACCACCCAAAGAGCCAAAAUUAUCUAUUCAAUUACUUUUUAAAUGCCUAAUCCAUGUAGAACACAGAAAGAAGAUUUUGUAUUGUAUUUUAAGUUAUAUAUGUUAUGAAAAUAAGACUUGAUAAAACAUGUGAAUUAAUACUGUUAUUUAUUGUGGUGGACAUAUUCCAGAUAUGAUAUAUUGAAAAAUGUCUACCAUAUACUGUUCAUAUACCCUUCACUGUUCAUAUAUAGCAUAGCAUUUUUAUACAGUAUAUUUUACCUCAUAUUUGUACUGCUUCACUCUACCUAUGCUGCCAGUAUAGAUUGUUUAUGGAAGCUUGUGAAAUUAUAUUUAAUUUAGUCAA